CCCACUGAGUGUGUGACAGUUACGUUGUUAUCCAUCGGACACGGAUGUGGAGCCACCGCGUAAAAAAGCCACUGCGUUGUGAAGCGACCGCUGCGUAAAAAGAGCUGUGGCCCGUCAGACUCUCAAACUGAGCUCAACAGCGCCGCUUAAUGGUUGCCAGAGGAUACACUAUAGGCCUACAUCCGAAGAUCCCAUUGGAUUUGCUUGAUCAGAGUUGGUUGACACUGAUCUCUUGCGACUAAAGACUUUGGAGUUAUCGACUAUGAGGUUCAUUGCUUUUCCCACAAUGGGCCAGUAUCCCACUGUCAUUUUAUGUGACUUAUAGUUAUUUUCAAAGUACAGGGCAUUGACUACAGUCCCUGGAGCAGUGUGGGAUUAGGUGCCUUGCUCAAGGGCACCUCAGCCAUGGAGUAAGAUAGGAAGUGGAAGGGUGGGAUUCGAACCUGCAACCCUCUGAACUUAAGUCCAUCUCCUUAACCACUGAACCACGGCUGCCAUCAAUUACACCUAACCUGAUUAUGAUAAGCACACGGACAGAACAGUAGCUUUCAUUACCACAUAAAUCAACCUCCAUUGCAGCAAUCAGCACCAUGGAGGCCUCGCACGCUGCAUCCAUGGCGGCCUCCCCCACCACCUCAGCAGUGUCCACCACCACCUCGUUCCCGGGCGUCCUGCACUUCUUCACCGAGUACCAGAACAACAUGGUGAUCGUGGCGCACUACAACUUCACCGGCAAGCUGAAGCAGGACAAGUACAAGGAAGGUCUGAAGCCCGAGGCGGUGGCCUUCCUGCUGGUCUGCCUGCUCAUCGUGCUGGAGAACGCGGUGGUGCUGGCCGCCAUCUGGCGCAACAAGAAGUUCCACCUGCCCAUGUACUAUCUCCUAGGCAACCUGACGCUGUCCGACCUGCUGGCGGGUUUCACCUACAUGGUCAACAUCGUCAUGUCGGGCCCCAACUCGCUCAAGCUGACGCCGCUGCUCUGGUUCCUGCGCGAGGGCGGCGUCUUCAUCACGCUGGCGGCGUCCGUCGUCAGCCUGCUGGCCAUCGCCAUCGAGCGCCACGUCACCAUGGCGCGCAUGAAGCCGUACCAGGGUGCCAAGCGGGGCCGCAUGUUUGCGCUGAUCGGCGCCAGCUGGGCGCUGUCGGUGCUGCUGGGUGUGCUGCCCAUCAUGGGGUGGAACUGCAUGGGCCGGCUGGAGACGUGCUCGACCGUCCUGCCGCUCUACGCCAAGAGUUACAUCCUGUUCUGCGUCACGGUGUUCUCGGCCGUGCUGCUGGCCAUCGCCGCACUGUACGGACGCAUCUUCCGUGUGGUCAAGUCCAACACGCAGCGGCUGACGACGACGGCGGGCAGCCUGCGUGGCGGCAGCAGCAUCAAGAAGAAGAGCCCGUCGCUGCGGCGCUCGCAGAAGUACAUGGCGCUGCUGAAGACGGUGACCAUCGUGCUGGGCGUCUUCGUGGCCUGCUGGCUGCCGCUCUUCGUGCUGCUGCUGCUGGAUUUCGUGUGCCCGGCCAAGGCGUGCCACGUGCUCUACAAGGCAGACUACUUCCUGGGCGUGGCCAUGGUGAACUCGCUGCUCAACCCCAUCAUCUACACGCUGACGAGCAAGGACAUGCGGCGCGCCAUCCUGCGCCUGCUGUGCCGCCGCUGCCUGAUGACGGAGGACGGCCGAGUCAAGAAGCUGGGCAUGCCUUUCCUGGAGUGCAGCUUCAGCAAGACGGACGCCAACGCCUACGCCACCGCCUCGCACGGACGCCUGGAGGGGCUGGAGACCACCAUCUCCUCUGGGAACAACGUCACCACGCCCUCGCCCAUCAAGGCCAUGCACCACCCCAAGGCCUUCCUCAGCAAGGCCGGAAAAUGAUUUUUUUCUGGAUUGUUGACCUUUUAUAAGACUUGGUCAUUACCAUUUUGGUGACGAUAAGGUUAUAACAGAGCUAACAGAGCCUCUGCACUAAGGGCUUAAAGUGUUUACAUGUUAGGGGCUUUUUGCCUGGAGGGGCUGGAGACACCACGCCAUCGCCCAUCAAGGCCAUGCACCACCCCAAGGCCUUCCUCAGCAAGGCCAGCAAGUCCUGAAGAAUGUUUUUUUUUUUCUGGAUCAUUGACCUUUUUUUAAAGAUUUUUUUUUUGGUCUUUUACGACUUUAUUGACAGGACAGUUUGAGAGGUGAACAGGAACCGAAUGGGGAGAGAGAUGGUUGAGGGGUCGGCAAAUGACCCGGGCCGAGAAUCGAAUCCGGGUCAGCCGCAUGGCAUGACGAGUGCCUUACCGGUUGGCCACGGCAGGGCCUGUUGACCUUUUUUAAAAGUGCAUUUUAGGAGCUUUUUUUGCCUGGAGAGUCUGGAGAUCCCCAUGUCUUCACAACACCCGCCUAACCCAUCAAGCCACCCGCAACCCACCUGGAUGUCUUUCUUUUGUCUUUUUGACUUUUUAGUGACAGGAAGCAAGCCCGGAGAGAGAGAGAGAGAGAGAGGGAGGGAAGGGCCGGCAAAGGACCCGGGCCAGAAAUCGAACCCGCGUUGGCUGCUCAGCAGACAAGUGCCCCACCGGCAGGGCACGGCAAGGCUCCACCUGGAUGUCUUCUUGAGUCCUGAAACAAGUCCUAAAAAUAAACGGGGCCUUGAUGACUUGAUUGAAGAUUGCUUUGAUGGGGACAGCAUUUGCAGCAACAUCACACCACACCCUCAUCCACCCCAAGGUAUUCCUGAACAAGUCCUGAAAGCAGAGGUAUUCCUGUCCUGAUGCAAAAGUUCAAAGAUCCAUGCACUGCUUCUAGGUGCUGGUAAAUGUAGGAAUAUGCAAUACUUCAAAAGGAAAACAUUUACCGCACACUUGUUUGACUUUAUGAUCUUUUAUUCAGAGCAAACAACGCAUUUGGCCUGUGCGCCAUCAGGUUCAUUCAGGCACAGCGGUAUUCCUGUCCUGAUGUAGGAUCAUUUUGAGGGGACAGCAUUGGCAGCAUUGAUCUUUGACCUUGACCUUUGACCUUUGAUAUUGUUUCUGAUGUCAAAUGGGCAAUUUAUGACAACUUCACCCAUGAAGGCCAUCAAUCCACCCCAAUGUAUUCCUGAUCAGGUUCUGGAAAAGGGUUUUUCCUGUCUGUCGUCUUAUUGACCUUGUUGGACUUUUUUUUGCCUUAUUAAGGGUAGGACAAUGAGGGGAGACAGGAAACGAGUGGGAGAGAGAGAGAGAGAGAGAGAGAGAGAGAGAGAGAGAGAGAGAGAGAGAGAGAGAGAGAGAGAGAGAGACUGGGGGCAUGGCUGGGAAAUGACCCACGCUGGAUUAGAACCUAUGUUCCCAUGGGUAGUGUGUUGCCUGUGUGUGGUACAGUAUUAGUGCACCUCCCCCCCACCCUCAUCCUGCUGGACUAACUUGGGGAAAGACUAUUUUGAGGGGAGAGCAUUGACCCUGCAGGGCCUUUGAGAACACAUUGAUCUCAUUCUUGAUAUCCAGAGGUACCAUAUGUUUUGUAAUAGAACUAUAGCCUAAAAUAUUGUGUGGCACUACCAGUAUGCCGUUACUCUGUGUGUGUGUGUGUGUGUGUGUGUGUCUGUGUCUGUGUGUGCACUGCGCAGGUGUGCACCCGUUGCCUUCCUUGUCAGUCUGUCACGUGCACAUUGGAUCCAGAGAGAGGAUCACAGAGACUUCACAAAACCACAGACUUCCUUAGGAGCUAUAAAUGGAUUAAGAAAAAGCUUGAGCUGUGAAGGCGAACAUGGGAUAAAAAAACAGACUUGUAAAGUAAUCAUUUUUCCUCACGUCUUAAUGCCUUCUUCUGCAUUUUACGUUUGCACUAAACUUCUUUGUCUUUGUCUUUCUUUGUCCAACACAAAAUACUUUUUUGUACACUAUUCUCUACUCUGUUAAGUCACAUCUUCCUGUAAAUGACCUAUUCUUUCUUCCUCUCGACGCCCAGUUUUUUUUUCUCAACGCUUUGUAUUUCUGCAGACGGGACUUAAAUUGUUCUAAAUCAAGUGGUUAGGCAGGCCUGGAAUUCGCUGGCUCGAAGUCUCAGGCCCCUUCAGACUUCCUUUGUGUCUUUAGGAUAAACUAUACUGUGAGCAGCGGUGGUGAAUGCCACAGUGGCGGUGGAACAAUACAUUACAUACACAGUGACUUGGCUGAUGCUUUUGUUCAAAUGCAACUUACAGUUAUUUAGGUGCAGGGUACUGGUUACAGUCCCUCGAGCGAUUUGGGGUUUCAGUAGGUGUCUUGAUCGAGCGCACCUCAGCCAUUACCUGUCUGUUAGGGUGGGAUUUGAACCUGCAACUCCCUGAACCCAAACCCAGCACCAUUUGACCACCAUUACAGUAGAUCACGGCUGCCCUACGAUGCAAGAGCUACUCUUUGUGCAAGUGGUGCUGCUGCUAGCCAGAGUAUCGCAGGAGUGGCACCGGUUAACUGUAAAAUCAUGACCCAUAGGAGAAAGAUGACUAUAAAACUUAUAUGGCUAUAUAAAUCUUGUAGAAGGAUUGGCCACUUUAAAGGGACACUGUGUAGGAGAUGGUCAAAAAAGGUACUGCAACUGUGCUGCUCGUUGAAACUGGGCUGCCUAUUGCCAAAUUUGAUCUUUACGUGAAAGUUUACUAGUAAUUAACAAAUAUUUUCUAGUAUGGUCCAAGUAGAGUCAUUUUUGCAGCUAAAAAUGGCUAUUUUUGGAAACUCAAAAGGGCGGACCAUGGAGAAGAUCCCCCUUUUCAUGUAUGAAAAGUGCAAAUUUUCCAGUCAUAAUGAAUACUUAGAAUUUGAUGGUGGUGGUAAGUAUUCAUGAAAAAGGCAACAUUAGUGAAUGGGCAGCAUGAAUUCUGGAAAUAAACAACUAAAAAUCUCACACAGUGUCCCUUUAAUAGUAUGGGGGGCCAUAUCAGUAAGGACUCAUACCCAUUCCAUGUACAAUGUUUAUACUGUAAUGACUGUUGCAGCUCAUGAAAUGUACAGGAUGUGUGUGUGCCCUUACUUACACAAUGUUAUAUGAGGAAAAUGUGGACUUCUACAGUAUUAUCCACAUACAAAUUGUGUUGUCCAUACAUGAAUAAUUGUAUAAGUUAUAUUGAGAUCCUCCUCAUGUGGGUGGUUAAAAUGUCUGUGAUUGUGCCAUGUGCAAUUCAAGGUCAAUUCAUGUUCAAGAAGUGGACAUUUCAGAAGGAGAAACAUUUUCUGGUCAUCAGCUUUUUCAAAGAUGUUGGGAACACAAAAAAGUAGGGCAAUCUGUCUUAAAGAUAGGAAGUACGCUACCUGAGCAGAUUUCACAGUUCAGUAGUUCACAAAAUGUAUUGCCACCGUUUACUGUAAUGUGUUUACCGCACUGUGUGCUCACAGUUCAAUAAAAAUAACCUCGCCCAUUCAUCUUUGCUCCUCUGAAACAUGACACUAGACUAGAUAGAUAUAGACACUAGAUACGGUGUUGCUUUUCAAAUGCAGCUAAAGGAUCUAAUGUUUUCAAAUGUGUGUACUAUUUUCCCCUACAAAACAUUUUUUCCUUUCCUGAAACAUUUUGUAACAUUUAAUUAAGGCCUAAAUUAUGGGAUAUAUUUUUUAUAACUUUGUACUUUUUGAUAGAAAA